CAUUCUGGGUAGUGGUCUGUUUACUUCCUGCGGCUGUACUGUCGCGUCGGUGAGGAUGGCCCUGGAGACGGUGCCGAAGGACCUGCGGCAUCUGCGGGCUUGUUUGCUGUGCUCCUUAGUCAAGACCAUAGACCAGUUUGAAUAUGACGGCUGUGACAAUUGCGAAGCGUACCUGCAAAUGAAGGGCAACAGAGAGAUGGUGUAUGACUGUACCAGCUCCUCAUUCGAUGGGAUCAUCGCAAUGAUGAGCCCAGAAGACAGCUGGGUCUCCAAGUGGCAGCGAGUCAGUAACUUUAAGCCAGGUGUAUAUGCUGUGUCAGUCACUGGUCGCCUACCCCAAGGAAUUGUUCGGGAGCUGAAAAGUCGGGGAGUGGCCUACAAAUCCAGAGACACAGCAAUAAAGACCUAGCUAGGUGCAGCCCACGGUGUCUUGCUCCCUUCUUCUGGCCCGUACUUGUUUUCGUGGAACUAAACAGGCGGAACUCCAGAUGCUCCCUGCCCUCUGUCUCAGCAUCAGCAGACUCCCAUGAAAGCAGCACAUCCGGCCCUUGAGUCAUUUCACUUUCUCUGGGGCCUGGUGAAGUGGGAGUGUCUGCUGGGUGGAGUCUCAGAGACUGAUGGAGGAGAGUAAGAGGCUGGUUCCUACCUCUGCCCAAGGCUCUGCCUUUGUCAGAUACCAAUAAAAUGAACUUUUGGGAUACACUUAAAGCUGUGACCAUGCCUGUGUUCCUGUCUCUCACAGUGAGGGCUCACUUGCCCUGUGAACUCUGAGGCCUUUCUCUCUCUGGCCUGUGUUUGAGGCUGCAGGGCACAGCCUUUCUGCUGUGCUAGCUGGCAUAUUGUCGGAUCUGCAGUCCUGAUGAAGGUAACCCCUCUGACUGGAAGCCAAGUGUCCCUCUAGACCUGCUGCAGCAGUCUCCUUUGAAGGAAUCCCAUGACCUUAGUCCCCUUACCCAUUGCCCUGUUUUUACCCCUCUUUCUUCCUCCCUUUGUCUCUCCUUUUCCCACUCUUUUGCCAAUCUCACAUUUCACGUUUCUCUUACUAGCCUGAGUGGCGAUUGGGUCUUGAUCUGUGUUUUUGUGUUUGCAUGAAAGGCAGGCUCUCCUCUGGCCUAGGAGGGAGCCCAUGGGUAAUGAAUGUCACACUGACCAAGAUGGGUAGUUUUUAUAAUAAAAAGUGUACCAUUGUAUUCUUGUUUUAGUU